ACCCAUAUACCGCCCGGUGCCUGACUCUCCACGAGCUCGACACACGACCACACCGUUCUCUUUAACAUCCUAGUACACGACGCUUUCCCUUUGCAUCAUUUAGAGAAAGAGCUUGGAAAGAUGCUUUUCACGCGGCCAUGGCUCGCAGUGGCGGGCCUGAGCCUGCUCUCGUCCUCGGCCUCUGCCGAAACACAGCAAACAUCCUUCGCCAUCGAAACGACAGCAACCGACGGCUUGACCCACAAGCAUGAAGCAGGAAGAUGCGCCAUUCGCGGUCAUUGUGGCAAACAAGGCUUCUUUGGCUCUGAUCUGCCCUGCCCCGACAAUGGCUUGGCCGAGCAGCCCAAUGCCGACACUCGCAGAACACUGAUGUCCAUCUGUGGUGACAAGUGGGCUGAGGGUCCCAUCUGCUGUACAGAUGAGCAACUUGGUGCCCUCAGCUCCAACCUCAAGCGUGCUGAAUCAAUCAUCGGCGCGUGCCCUGCUUGCAAAGACAACUUCUUCAACUUAUUCUGCACAUUUACCUGCUCCCCGGAUCAAUCUCUCUUCGUCAAUGUCACCAACACUGCCCCCAAGGGCGACAAACUGCUCGUUACCGAACUCGAUCAACUGAUCUCUGAGGACUAUGGAAGCGCCUUUUACAACAGCUGCAAGGACGUCAAGUUCGGCGCUACUGGAGGAAAAGCUAUGGACCUGAUUGGUGGCGGCGCAAAGAACUACACCCAGUUCCUUAAGUUCUUGGGUGAUAAGAAGCCUUUCGGCAGUCCCUUCCAGAUCAACUUCCCGGUCCCCAGCGAGGCUGACUUCCCUGGAAUGGAGCCCGGAUCCGACAAGGCCCAUCCUUGCAACAGCACCGAUGAGAGGUACAAGUGCGCCUGUGUGGACUGUGCUGCUUCUUGCCCCGAACUUCCCUCGGUCAAGGAAUCUCACGAGUGCAAGGUCGGCGUUUUACCAUGCCUGUCUUUCGCCGUCAUUAUCGUCUACUCUGUCUUCCUGUCCCUCUUGAUCCUGGCCGUCUCUGGCCACGUUGCUUAUGCUAAGCACACCAAGAACCGCAACGAGCGCUUGAGACUGUUGCAGGAUGCCUCUCCUAGCGAUGAUGAAGAUGAAGGCGAUAUCGUGCACCACGCUGGUCUUGUCGAGAAGCCUACCAGAAGAUAUCCUCUGAACACAGUGUGCGACAGAAUCUUUUCGCGUCUCGGUCGCACCGCUGCCACCUUCCCUGCCAUCACAAUCAGUUCUUCGGUCAUCGUUGUUGCUCUGCUUAGUCUAGGCUGGAUGCGUUUUGCUCUCGAGACUGAUCCUGUCAAGCUAUGGGUUUCUCCUGACUCUGAGGCAGCCAAGGAAAAGGCCUUCUUUGAUGAAUCCUUCGGUCCAUUCUUCAGAGCCGAGCAAGUCUUCCUAGUCAACGAUACCCUGUCUACUGGCCCAGGUCCAGUCCUGUCUUACGACACGCUGAACUGGUGGUUCGAUGUCGAGAACCGCAUCAGUAGAAUGAAGUCCAUCGAUGGUGGUUACACUCUUGAUGACGUUUGCUAUAAGCCAACUGGAGACGCUUGUGUUAUUCAAUCUUUGACAGGUUACUUUGGCGGUGACUUCUACGGGGUCGACCCCGAGCUAUGGGCUGAGGAUCUUGAGGCUUGCGCCGAUACUCCCGUCAACUGUCUCCCUGAUUUCCAGCAACCACUGAAUCCCCGCUAUCUAUUCGGCGGUUACAACAAGAGUGUCAUCGAUUCUACUGCUAUGGUCGUCACUUGGGCCGUCACAAAUUACGCCGAGGAUACUUUCGAGCUCGAGAGAGCUAUGGACUGGGAGGACAGUCUCAAGGGACUUCUGCUUACUGUCCAGGAGGAAGCCUCGGAGCGUGGUCUUCGUCUGUCAUUCAACACUGAGAUCAGUCUUGAGCAAGAGCUCAGCAAGUCGACCAACACUGACGCCAAGAUUGUUGCCAUCAGCUACUUGAUCAUGUUCAUGUAUGCUUCUAUUGCACUCGGAGCCACCACUUUGACUGUAAGAGAUGUACUCAACAAUCCUGCAAACGCCCUUGUUCAAUCGAAGUUCAUGCUUGGUGUUGUCGGUAUUCUUAUCGUUCUCAUGUCCGUCUCUGCAUCCGUUGGUUUGUUCGCUGCCGCUGGUAUGAAGGCUACCUUGAUCAUUGCCGAGGUCAUUCCUUUCCUCGUUCUCGCAGUUGGUGUGGACAACAUUUUCCUCAUUGUUCACGAAUUCGAGCGCGUCAACAUUAGCCAUGCCGAUGAGCCAGUCAGCGAGAGGAUAGCCAAAGCUCUUGGCCGCAUGGGUCCCAGCAUUCUUCUAUCGGCCACUACCGAAACCGUCGCGUUCGCUCUUGGUGCUGCUGUUGGCAUGCCUGCUGUUCGGAACUUCGCUGCAUAUGCAGCCGGAGCUGUGUUCAUCAACGCGAUACUGCAGAUCACCAUGUUCACUUCCGUCCUGGCUCUCAACCAAAAGCGUGUCGAGGCUGGGCGCGCAGAUUGCUUCCCAUUCAUCAAGGUCAAGGGCGCUGACUCCAACUCGAUGGGGAUGGCUGGCAUGCCCGGCUUGGCCGGCAUUGAAGAGGAAGGUACGCUCCAACGCUUCAUUCGCAAGACUUAUGCUCCUGCCUUGCUCGGUAAGAAGACGAAGACUGCCGUCAUCACUAUCUUCCUCGGCUUCUUCACCAUCGGUCUUGCACUUCUGCCCAAUGUCGAACUUGGUCUUGACCAGCGCAUUGCCAUUCCUUCCGACUCGUACCUCGUCAAAUACUUCGAUGAUCUUUACGACUACUUCGAGGCUGGACCACCAGUCUACUUUGUAACCAAGGGCCUUAAUGCAACUGCUCGUCAACACCAGCAAGAGAUCUGCGGCCGCUUCUCCACUUGUGAGGAGUUCUCACUGGCCAAUAUUCUCGAACAGGAGCGCAAGCGACCGGAGAUUAGUUACAUUGCCGACGCUACCGCCAGCUGGAUCGAUGACUUUUUCUUCUGGCUUAACCCUUCGCUCGAUGAGUGUUGCGUUGAUGGGUCAGAGACCUGCUUCGAGAACCGUAACCCUCCAUGGAACGUCACUCUUCACGGUAUGCCCGAAGGCCAAGAGUUCGUCUCUUAUCUCCAGCGCUGGCUCGAGGCACCUACAACGAGCGAGUGUCCACUUGCUGGAAAGGCUGCUUACGGCAAUGCUCUUGUGGUUGAUAACAAGACUUUGAGCAUCCCAGCCUCUCACUUCCGUACCUCGCACACACCCAUGCACAGCCAGAGUGACUUCAUCGCAGCCUACAAGUCGGCUCGCCGCGUUGCCAACGAUAUUACAGCGCGCACUGGAGUCGAAGUUUUCCCUUACAGCAAGUUCUACAUCUUCUUUGAUCAAUACGUCUCAAUCGUACGCCUCUCAGCUGCGCUCAUUGGAGGCGCUCUGGCCUUCAUUCUCGUGCUGAGCAGUGUAUUGCUUGGUUCUCUAGCGACUGGUCUCGUUGUUACUAUGACUGUCGCUAUGACUGUCAUCGAUAUCAUUGGCACCAUGUCCUUGGCUGGUGUCUCGCUCAACGCCGUCUCCCUUGUCAAUCUCAUCAUCUGUGUUGGUAUCUCGGUUGAGUUCUGCGCUCAUAUUGCCCGUGCAUUCUCGGUCCCAUCGCCCUCGCUUCUCGAGCGCUGCCACAGCUUCCGUGGUAAAGACGCACGCGCCUGGGCCGCUCUCGUCAAUGUUGGCGCUUCGGUCUUUUCGGGUAUCACUGUCACCAAGCUCCUUGGAGUCUUUGUGCUCGCCUUUACCCGCAGCAAGAUUUUCGAGGUUUACUACUUUAGAGUCUGGUUGGCACUUGUCAUUUGGGCUGCUCUUCACGCAUUGGUCUUUUUGCCAGUUGCCUUGAGCUUCUUCGGCGGAGUUGGCUACGCAGACCCAGAUGUCGAUGGUGGACUUGAGCAAGACCUUGCUAGCAGACGUUACCGUGCGAUGAUGCCGGAUGAGGAGUACUACUCAGACGAGUACUAAGCUUGAGAUGCGAUAACGGAGACGAUUAGAUGUAACAUGACAUGACGGCGUUUUUUCUUUGUUUCGUGUAUCAUGAAUAUGCUUUCUUCCACCACUCGUCUGUGGAUCUUGGACCGUCAAGAAGUUUGUCGAAGCAAUUCGACUCGUUCAACCCCGUGAUAUGUUUGCGGCCAUUGUCCGACUGCG